AUGCUGUAUCAGGAGACUCAUCGAAACUCACAUUUCCUCCACGUCACCACGAAAAGUAGUCUUUUUUCGUUCGGGAUAGACGGCCUUGCAACCCAACAACCUGGUACUUGGUGUUUUGUUCGAGCCCAUGAUCAUGCCAAUGUGGCCUUAGUGUCUGCCUGUUGGGCCAGCUUCAGGCCCCCAGGUGCACGUCCAGACAGACCCCAAACGCACACUUUUAUCGGCCCAACCGUCAGUCCGAUCAACGUGAGCGGACUGGCAGGGCCUUUGAAGGACAUGCUAAAGGGAGGCAAAACACCGACCCCCGAGGAGCGAAAUCCCCCUCGACUUGUCACGGACGCCUACAAGAUGGGCCUCAAGCCGGCGCCGACAUGUGCAGCUGUACCUCUUGCGCUUUGA